UUCUAAGAGGCAACAAUAGCGACAAUUCUCGGCCAGGGUAAGAACGGCCGUUGGAAGAGGAAGCAAAAGCGGCCUCGGUCGCGUGCUGACCGCUUGAUUGGCGCAGAUCAGCCGUCGUUCAAGGCACCGCUCAGGCUCCCGGGCAGUGUAAGGGCAGGCAGCCGCGUCUCCCUGCCCCGGAACAGCCUCAGCGUCAGGGGGCGUAGGGCGUGCGGACUGCUUUGCCAACGACGGCCCCCCGUCUGGAGCGGUAAGCCCCACCGGUCUACGGGCGGGUUAGAGCGAACCCGGACCUAGGAGAAGACUAGCCGCACCAUGAGCACCACGCGGGUCAAGAAGAAAGGAGAGAAGACGGUGGUCUACAUGGACGGCCAGCAGCUUCAGGGCUCCGGAUCCAACAUCAUGAUCUCGUGCGGUCCGGGCGCGUCGCAGUCUCGCGGCACCGUCUACCAGAUGCCCAACUCGGGAUACGACGGCACCGCGGGCAUGGUGUCGUGCAUGGGUAGCCCCGGCUCGAGCUGCCGGACCACCGUGUCCCUGGAGAACAUGAACGACCAGCCGCAGAUCCUGCGCGUCGUACCGCGCGGCACCACCAUCCUCUUGGAAGAGGUCAAGCCACCGCCCAAGGCUCAGAAGUCCGGAAGCGCCGCGUCCGGCCGCUCCUCCAAGUACGGUGCUGCCAGGAGGGGAUCGCCGACCAUUCAGGUCGUGCAAGAGUGCGGCUCUUCAGCCGGCUACUACCCGCCUGCCCCGCCGCCCGCUGCCGAGCCGGGACCGGCCGAGCACUGCAUCGAGUGCCUCGAGGAGCUUAUCAAGCGCCGCCGCUCCGAGCGUCGUCACGACCGCGAAGGCCAGGCCGAGAUGCGAGUCACGGCUCGAAUCGUGGACGAGAGCAAGAUACCCGGACACCGAGGAGGUGGCUGCUGCCCCACCUGCGGCAACCCGAUGUCCGCGCAAGAACGUGAUUAGUGACGCUCGCCGCACACAGACCAAUCGUCGCUGCGAUUUCGCGGGACACCUAGGUGUCGUCAUCUGCAGAAUCGUCGUCAUCGACGCCAUUGGUUCUGCACCGUGUGCAAGGCCGGGGACGGCCUGUCAUUGGCGCCAUCCUUUCCAUGGUAGACCGGUUGUCGUCCCCUGAGGUCCAGGGCAUCGUGCAGAUGAGGGAGUCUGGUUUCCUCGAAGAAAAUUUUGAAAAAAAAAAGAAAAUUCGUAGCAUCGGUUCGUCUCAAUGCGGUGCCUGGUAUUCGUUU